CAACAACAUACUGCAUAACCUUACUUCUAAUAUAUAUUUUAUUAUUAUUUAAAUUAAAUAAGUCAGCUAUAAAAAUGGAAGAAGAAGGCACACCAACUGUUAGCUUAGUAUCAUGCAUGCAUUUUGUAAAGCGCGGAGUAGCAAAAGCAGUACCAGAAAAAAUUGAGCUAACCGAAAAAGAAUUGGAGAAAAUAAUUAAACAAACUGCUACUGAGCUUCGUUUAACUGAGGAGGGUGAUGAUCAGAGUGACGAUGAAGCUGAUAAUGCUGAAACAGCAAGAGAUCCACCAGCCGAUCCCAAUGACGAAUUUAAUUUUGAAAAUUAUGAUGAAGAGGAAGCAAGUGAUCCGGUUGGUAUUGGAACCAUAGCAACUCUACCAAAUUUAGGUGAUCUCAGUGAAAAUGUUCAAAUAAGAACUGAAGGGCCCGACAGUGAUGAAGAGGAUGACAUAAUUAAACCAGACGACAAUCUCCUUCUAGUUGGACAUGUGGAGACCGACGCUAGUAUAUUAGAAGUAUAUAUCUUCAAUAAAGAAGAGGGAUCAUUCUAUGUACACCAUGAUAUUAUCUUACCAUGGUUUCCUCUCUGUAUUGAAUGGUUGAGUCAUGACCCGUCUGAUCCACAACCAGGUAAUCUUUGUGCCUUAGGUGGCAUGGACCCAGUUAUCCAAGUUUGGGACUUAGACAUAGAAAACUGUUUGGAACCAGCCUUCAAGCUAGGAAAGAAGCCAAAUAAAAAGAAGAAAACUAAAAGAAUAGGACACAAGGAGGCUGUUUUAGACCUUUCGUGGAACAGAAACUUUACUCACGUCCUCGCUAGUGGGUCAGCUGACAAUACAGUCUUACUGUGGGAUUUGGACAAAGGAUCCCCUCAUACAAAAUUAGACUACUUUGAAGAAAAGGUGCAAUCCUUGUGUUUUCACCCGCUGGAGGCGCAGACGUUACUAUCGGGGUCGUGCGACGGUCGCGCGCGCGUCACCGACUGUCGCGCGUCGGACGCACACCGCGCGUGGAGCCUGGGCCCGGAGAUAGAGCGCGUGGUGUGGGACACGCACAACCCAUUCUGUUUCGCGAUGAGUAAUAAUGAAGGAAAAGUGGCUUAUGUGGACUGUCGACAAGACGAGCCUCUCUGGACAAUUGACGCUCACCAGAAGGAAGUUACAGGUCUUAUCAUAAGUGAUAACAUUCCUGGUUUGUUGGUAACAGUUGGCUCUGAUGAGAAAUUCAAAACGUGGGACAUAACGAGUUCAUCACCGCUACAAAUCAGUGAACGUUCAGUAAGAGUGGGGCAAGUUUUGUGCGCGUCUCAGUGUCCCGACGCUCCCUUCUCGUUGGCUGUGGGCGGCGACAACAAAGAGUGCUUCAUCGAAAUUGUAGACCUGACGACUAAUGAAGAAGUUAUGAAUCGUUUUGGAUCCCGAGCGCAAGCUACAAUCGCCAACAAUGAAGCUAUGGAGUCAUAGGAAGAUUUGAUUAGAUUUGUUUACAUUGUAAGAAAUAUUGUAUAUUUAAAAAGAUUGUUUCACAAAUAAAAAAAUAUAUAUUUGAA